AUGUUGAGACAAAUCCUGCUGAAUUCCACCAACGCACUAGACUUCGACCUAGGGAUGGCCCUCCAGACGCACGAGACCGUGUCCGUUAACGCAUCUCACGGAUCGGUGAACAUGGCGGCCCUGCUCAGGCCCACGGGCAGCAGGGGCGGGAUGCGGGAGGAAGAGGAGCUGAACAAACCGGACCUAGCCACCUACUUGGUAAUCUGUCUGGUGCUGUUUCUGCUCGUGCUGCUCAUCGUUUUCUUCAUCAACUGUCAGCUUAGGAACUCCUUCUUCAUGCCCUACGAUCGGUCUCUCCGAGAGGCCCGGACCUCAUACAAAUAG